GAGCGCGCCUGGCCUGUGGGGAGAGCCGUCCACAACUAUGGAUAACGCUGAUCUCGCAGCACUACGGAGGCCUCCAGGAACAUGAGCAGUGGACGCCAGCCGCAGAGUCCUGUACAAAUGCUUUCCCGUUGGACUUCCGCCCCCGUGCAGGUAUUCUGCAACCUCCUAACCUCACUGGCGUGCUCAGCCAUGGCCAGACUUCCCACGCACGGUUCGGUGAUUGUCCCAGACUGGCAUGAGACCGUCGAGGGCAAGGAGUACUUAGCCUGCAUCCUGCGCAAGAAUCGCCGGCGGGAGUUUGGGUUGCUGGAACGGCCAGUGCUGUCCCCUUCGGUGGCCAUUGACACCGCCAGCUACAAGAUCUUUGUGACCGGGAAGAGUGGUGUAGGCAAGACCGCGUUGGUGGCGAAGCUGGCAGGCCUGGAAGUCCCUGUAGUGCACCAUGAGACAACUGGUAUUCAGACUACUGUGGUGUUUUGGCCAGCCAAGCUAAGGGCCAGCGACCGUGUGGUCAUGUUCCGCUUUGAGUUCUGGGACUGUGGCGAGGCUGCCCUCAAGAAGUUUGAUCACAUGCUGCCGGCUUGCAAAGAGAAUGCAGAUGCCUUCCUGUUCCUCUUCUCUUUCACUGACCGUGCCUCCUUCGAAGACCUUCCUGGACAGUUGAGCCGAGUAGCCAGCGAGGCUCCUGGGGUCGUCAAAAUGGUCAUUGGCUCCAAGUUUGACCAGUACAUGCACACGGACGUGCCAGAGCGAGACCUCACAGCCUUCCGGCAGGCCUGGGAACUGCCCUUGCUGCGGGUGAAGAGUGUGCCAGGACGGCGGCUCGCAGAUGGGCGUACACUGGACGGGCGGGCUGGGCUGGCCGACACCGCCCAUGUGCUCAAUGGCCUUGCGGAACAGUUGUGGCACCAGGACCAGGUGGUGGCCGGCCUGCUGCCCAGCUCCCCAGAGAAUGCCCCUGGCUGAAGGGGGACAACAUCCUGAGUAGGGACAAGGACUGAUGAGCCUCACUCCUGUCCCUUGGGCGACCUAGGACAGAUGAUGGGAUCUAGGACCCAAGGCUGAUGCAAGGACCCAGUGCUGUCCUCGGGACUGGCUGGGGAGGGCCCCCGCCUGGUGGGAAGGUGGGGACACAAGGCUCCAGAGCUGAAAGGUCUCCUGACCCCCUGCCCCUCACCCUUCUGCAGCACCCACUGAGGGUACGGUGGGGAGGGGCACCUCAGAAGGAUCCUGGACCUCUCUUGACUUCGGCCAGGAGCUUUGUUGGUUCAAGUAACACCAUUUGCUCAAACAGAUUAAACUCUGCAAUCUCA